AUGCAUCAUUUUCUUACACAGAGAGGGAAUAACCGAGACAAGACCUACAUUGAGUGCCUUAUCCCUCUCAACGACGAAGCGAUCGCACUCGCCCAAGCCGGCGACCACUGGAGUGCCGAAAAGCUCUACCGACGACUCCUCCGGCUCAGCCGGAGCCUCCUGGGCGACCGUCAUCCCUCAACAAUCACCUGCAUUAACAACCUGGCCACCUCUCUGAGCAAGCAGGGCAAGCACCGGGAAGGUGAGCAGCUGCAUCGCGAAGAGCUGCGUUUGAGUAUUGAUGUGCUGGGCGAGACGCACCCGGACACCUGGAUCAGCAUGAACAAUCUUGCGGCCGUACUUGUCGACCAGGGAAACAAUGGCGAAGCGGUGCGUGUGCUGCGGCGUGUCGCCGACCUCAAAAGAGACGUCUUGGGAGAAAAUCAUCCCUCGGCGGUGAAGAGUGCGGAGACACUGCGUUGGCUUGUGGCGAAUGGGUCUUGA